AUGUAUCUUUUUUGGUUGCUUUGUCUUCCUAAAGCAUUAUGUAUUUCAAUCUACUAUUCUUCACCUGAAGAAACCAACAGUGGUUCUAAAGUGGCUAAUGUGUUGAAGGAUUUGAAACUGGAAGAACAGGAAUUCAUUGAUCGCAGAGCCCAUCUCAUUUCUGAAAGCACUAAGCAGUAUUUCUCCCUUGAUAUUCAUACUGGGGAUAUAUUGAUAAAUGAUAAAGUAGACCGGGACAUUCUGUGUAGCCAGACAGAUCCUUGCAUACUUACAUCUCAAAUUGUGCUUGACAACCCUUUGGAAUCAUACAAUAUUGAAAUAGUAAUAGAAGACAUAAAUGACAAUGCUCCCAAAUUCUCUAAAAAUGAAUUUGAGAUAAAAAUUCCUGAGAAUAUUCCUACAAAUAUGGCACUUCCCUUAGAAUCUGCAGAUGAUAAGGAUCUAGGAGAAAACAGCAUCCAAAACUAUACACUCAGCACCAAUGAAUAUUUUUGGCUUCAUGUGCAAAGGAACAAAGACGGAAUUAACAAUGUGGAUCUUGUUCUAAAGAGAUCACUAGAUAGAGAAAAGGUGCCACAUCUCAAUAUCACCCUAAUGGCUGUUGAUGGUGGGGUACCACAGAACACAGGCACUGUUCAAAUUAACAUUGAUAUUCUGGACAUAAAUGAUAACCCUCCUCAAUUUUCCCAAUCUGAAUAUAAGGUAAAAAUAAAGGAAAACCUUCCUACAGGCACUGUGGUGGCUAAAGUGGAAGCUACAGAUCUUGAUUUGGGUUUAAAUGCACAAGUCACCUAUUCAUUCCAUAGAACACCUGAAAGAAUAAACAGUUUGUUCCUUUUAAAUGAAAGAUCUGGAGAAAUCACUCUUAGGGGACAGAUUGAUUAUGAAAAAGAAAGGAGUUAUAGCAUAAAUAUCAGAGCAACAGAUGGAGGAGGACUUUCGGGGCACUGCAAGAUACUUAUAGAGGUUGAAGAUGUCAAUGACAAUGCCCCAGAAGUGUCCAUUCUAUCUCUGACCAGCAGCUUAAAGGAGGAUUCGGCUUUGGAGAAGGUGGUGGCCCUCUUCAGUCUUAAAGACCAAGACUCUGGAGACAACAGCAAAAUGGUCUGCUCCAUAGAGAUGAAUCUCCCUUUUGUGUUGAAAGCCACCACAAACAACUUUUAUCAGCUUGUGCUCCAAAGUCCCCUAGAUAGAGAAAGAGUCUCUGAGUACAACAUCACUAUCACUGCCAUUGACUGGGGAUCUCCUAGGCUCACUUCAACAAGAUUGAUUAAUGUUCAGAUCUCUGAUGUCAAUGAUAAUCCUCCCCUUUUUGAAAAGUCUUCAUAUGACAUGCAGAUCAGGGAGAAUAAUAUUCCAGGCUUCCUCAUUGGCUCAGUCCACGCUCUGGAUCUGGACACAAUGCUGAAUGCUAAAGUGACUUACUUAGUUCUGCCUGGGAAGGGUGAUGGCCUGGUGACCCCUUACAUCUCAGUUAACUCUGAAACUGGAAACAUGUAUGCUCUCCGAUCCCUGGACUAUGAACAGAUAAGAGGCUUCAGUAUUACUGUGAGGGCAUCUGAUGGUGGUUCUCCUUCCUUGAGCUCAGAAGUGAUUGUUCGAAUCCACAUCAUAGAUGAGAACGACAACGCUCCCUUCUUCCUGUAUCCCCUUCAGAACAACACAUCCCCAUGCAAUGAGCUGCUUCCCAAGUCAGCCGAGGCUGGCUAUCUGAUCACCAAGGUGGUUGCAGUGGACGCAGAUUCUGGCCAAAACUCUUGGCUUUCCUAUGAAUUGCUGAAGGCCACAGAUCCAGCCCUUUUCAGCAUAGGAGUACAGAAUGGGGAAGUGAAAACGAGGAGAGCCCUGAAUGAGCGAGACACAAACAAGCAGAGGCUGGUGAUACUGGUCAGAGACAAUGGUCUCCCUCCACAGACCAGCACGGCAUUGCUUAAUGUUCUUCUUGUGGAUGGCUUUUCGGAUCCCUUCCUAAGGAGGGUGGAUGUCAGUGUACAAGAACCGGAAGAAGAUAAAACCUUGACCAAGUAUUUGGUGAUCUGCUUGGCUGCAGUCUCCUUUGUGUUCCUGGUCUGUAUUGUUGUGCUUAUUGUGGUCAAAGUGUUCAAGAAGGACCCCCAAAGCCAAUUUCCUACUACUCAUCCUCACUUCCCACCUGCCAAUUCUGAUAUUCCAGAAAACUGUGCUGAUCCACAGACCGGAUCUCUUUCAAAGACUUAUCAUUAUGAUGUUCGUUUGACUGGUGGAUCCUUAAGUAGCGAGUUCCAUUUUCUCAGGCCUCUCUUUCCAGUGUUUUCGGUGGGAGAUGUAAAUAUUCCUGGGUACCACAAGAAUUCUGGCUGUGAAGAUAUCUCUGAGCAGGGUGCAGAUAGCCAAUUACACUAACAAGGCAAAGUUCCUCUGUCUGAAGAUCCUGCUGCUAAAUCUGGAGGCCCAAGUUGUACUGUAAAUCAAGCAAUAGGUGCAAAUA